GCGGUUAGGAAUAGGCACGAGGCUGUAGUCAAGCUGCUGCUCGCGACAGGCAGAGUUGACGUUAACUUAGAGGAUCUGCUCGGUCAGACGCCGCUAUUAUUAGCGGUUAGGAAUAGGCACGAGGCUGUAGUCAAGCUGCUGCUCGCGACAUGUAGAGUUAACGUCGACCUCGAGAAACCGCUGUUAUCCGCGGCCAGGAACGGGCACGAGGCCGUAGUUAAGCUGCUGCUCGCGACAGGCAGAGUUGACGUUGACUCGAAUGAUCGGUACGGUCAGACGCCGCUAUCGUUAGCAGCUAAAGGAGGGCACAAGGCCGUAGUCAAGCUGCUACUCGCGACAGGCAGAGUUGACGUUGACUCGAAUGAUCGGUACGGUCAGACGCCGCUAUCGUUAGCAGCUAAAGGAGGGCAUGAGGCCGUAGUCAAGCUGCUG